AUGCAGCCCCAAAAUGUGUCCCCUGUGACUGAGUUUCAGCUGUUAGGAUUCCAGGACCUUCUUGAGUGGCAGACCCUGCUCUUUGCCAUUUUCCUGCUUGUCUACUUCCUCACCAUCACAGGGAACAUUGUCAUCAUCUCAGUGGUGAGCCAGGACCCACGACUGCACUCACCAAUGUACACAUUCCUCAAGCACCUCUCCUUUCUGGAGAUCUGGUACACGUCCACCACUGUGCCUCUUCUCCUGGCCAACCUGCUCUCCUUUUCCACCUGUAUGGUGGAGCUCUACUUCUUUGUGUUCUUCGGGGCCACUGAGUGCUUUCUCCUGGCCGUGAUGGCCUAUGACCGGUAUCUGGCCAUCUGCAGCCCGCUCCGCUACUCCUUGCUCAUGAGUCCUGAUGUCUGCACCAAGCUGGUGGCAAUCUCCUGGUUGACGGGGGUCGUCACAGGCCUUCUGCCUUCCCUGAUGAUUUCUAAGCUGCACUUCUGCAGGCCCAACCAGAUAAACCAUUGCUUCUGCGAUCUGCCUCCACUCAUGCAGCUCUCAUGUUCCAACAUUUAUGUCACGGAGAUGGCCAUCUUUAUCCUGUCAAUUGCUGUGCUGUCCAUUUGUUUUUGUCUGACACUGGUGUCCUACGUUCUCAUCGUGUCCUCCAUAUUGAGAAUCCCUUCCUCCUCUGGCCGGACGAAGACCUUCUCCACGUGUGGUUCCCAUCUGGCUGUCAUCACUAUCUACUAUGGGACCAUGAUCUCCAUGUAUGUGCGCCCCAAAACCCCCCAGUCGCCUGAAGCCAACAAGGUCAUUUCUGUCUUCUACACUACGGUCACUCCACUGCUGAACCCGGUUAUCUACAGCUUGAGGAACAGAGACUUCAAAGAGGCUGUUAGAAAGGCCAUGAGAAGCAAGUGUGGUAGAUGGAGUAAGAGUGCAAGGGAGCUUAUUUAUUAG